AUGGAUUCCAUGGAAGUAAUGGUUGUCCAUUUCCAUCANGCACUUUGUCCAAAUGUAUUGAAAGAAAGUGAACUAAAUCAACUUCGUAUACCAAUAGAAGAAUUAAAGAAGAUUCAAGAUUAUCAAAUCAAAAAAACCUUUGAUGUUUAUUCAAGUCGAACAGUUGGAAUGAUUAAAUGUCCGAAACAAGAUUGUACAUGGGUUGCUGAAGCUGCUGAUCCCAAUGAACAACGUGAACGUUAUUUAAGACAAAGAGCACAACAAGAUGCAACGUAUCAAGCACAAUUAAAUGAAUACAAUCAAAAACAUAAACAAAAUGAAAAUCGUAAUCGUGAUUUACGUCGUCGUUAUGAUGAAUUAAUGAAUGAUGAACAAUAUAAAGCACAAAAUUCUCGUCUUUGUCCAUCAUCUCAACCAUAUCGGCCAUCAACAACAAAACAACUAAAACAAGUUAUUUUAGAUCUUCCAAGAACUGAAAAUGCAAUUGUUCAUCAUAAUGGUAUCAAAUGGGAUCUUCGUAAAAGUGAUGUUAAUGGAAUUCGUUUUGAUUGUGUUCAUUGUCCGUCAUUAACUUUUUGUGAAAAAUGUGAACAGCAGUCAACUUUAAAUCAUUCAGAAGAAGAUCAAUUUUUAGACCGACAACAACAUGUUUUAAACUUAUUAUGA